AUGGCACCCGGCGAGUCCAAAGAUGAGCGCGAUAAACGAGUCGCUCUGCUCUGGGAAAGUCUGGACACGCGCAAAGAGGGUCAUAUCGACUUGACUGGUCUAAAGAAAGGCUUGAAGAAGAUCGAUCACCCUCUGAAAAAUGCAGAUGACAUGCUGCGCAACAUCCUGCAAGAUGUCGACACCAAUGGUGAUGGCCAGAUAGACUACAAUGAGUUCCGAACAUUUAUCGACCACACCGAGUCCGGGUUAUGGCAGAUGUUCCAGGCCAUCGAUCGCAAUCACAAUGGAGAAAUCGACAAGGGAGAGCUACGAAGCGCGUUCGCACAGUCCGGCGUCACCGUAUCGAGUGCCAAGCUCGACAAUUUCUUCGCCGAGGUGGACAAAAACAAUGACGGGGUAAUCUCUUACGCGGAAUGGAGGGACUUCCUCCUUUUCCUCCCGCUGCAUUCCACGUCCGACCUACGCGCCGUCUUGUCAUACUACACGGCGACGGGCAAUCUAAACCCGGAAGGAGAUGUCCACAUCAAUGAUCUGCGGGGUUUAGGUACAGACCACACAUUUCUUAAUCGUUCUCUCUUGGCCCUCCAGCGCCUCUUGUAUAAUAUCCUCUCUUUGCCUGCGCUGGCAUCCCUCCUUCCUUCAGCCCUCGCGCAAACCACAACCAGCCCGGCUGCAACGUUGACCACUGCUCUCGGGAAUGAAUUUGCCUCGUUAGACGGUGACUUCGAGCUGGAGUGGCUGCCCAUCCCCAAGACCGUCGCCAUGUGGAUGUCCUUCCGCUAUUAUGAACGCAAGUUGACCGAGAAUACCCCUCAACUAGGCUACUUUAUUGCAGGCGGAAUUGCAGGUGUCGUCUCGCGAACGGCUACUGCCCCUCUUGACCGUCUCAAGGUCUACCUCAUUGCCCAGACGGGGCCAAAAGCUACGGCGGUUCGCGCGGCAAAGGAUGGGGCGCCCUUGGCGGCGGCGGGACAUGUGUCCAGAAGCUUAGGUGGUGCUCUAAUGGAGCUUUGGCGGGCUGGUGGUAUCCGAAGCUUGUUUGCCGGAAAUGGGUUGAACGUUUUGAAGGUGAUGCCGGAGUCCGCGAUCAAGUUCGGGGCCUACGAGUCGGCAAAACAAGCACUCGCUCGGUUCGAAGGACACAACGACCCCAAAAAGCUUCGACCCACAUCACAGUUCUUGUCGGGUGGUAUCGGUGGAAUGGUAGCCCAAUGCUUUGUCUACCCUCUUGACACAUUGAAGUUCCGGAUGCAGUGCUCAACCGUCGAAGGUGGCUUGAGAGGAAACAAGCUCAUCAUAGCCACUGCAAAGAAAGUGCUGAACGCCAAUGGCAUACUCGGUUUCUUUCGUGGCCUGCCGCUUGGCCUCAUUGGCAUGUUCCCUUACGCCGCAAUCGACUUGACCACUUUCGAAUACCUCAAACGAGCCCUCGUCUCUCGCCAAGCUGGCCUCGAGCAUUGCCAUGAAGAUGACGUGACUCUGAACAACUGCCUGACUGGCACGAUUGGUGCUAUCAGUGGCGGUUUCAGUGCCUCGGUCGUCUACCCUCUCAACGUGAUGCGGACUCGACUGCAGGCACAGGGCACCGUCCUACACCCGACCACAUACUCAAGCAUCACCGAUGUUGUCCGCAAGACCCUCCAGGCCGAAGGACCCCGGGGGGUUCUACAAGGGCCUCACCCCCAACCUACUCAAGGUGGCACCGGCCGUGUCCAUCAGCUACGUGGUCUACGAAAACUCGAAGCGGAUGCUCGGCUUGAAAUAAGCGCGAGAUCUUGUACCAGUGUGCCGUAG